AUGUCGCAAACUAAGUACAAUAAAUGUCACAUUAGCGAUGCGUGGGAACAAACAGCAAGCAAACAAAUGGCGAUAGCAGCAAAAGAAGAGGCAGAUUAUGCAAAGGAAAUUGGUCAGAUCGAUAAAAAUGGAAUUCCAUUAAUAACCGUUGUGGCAGACGGAUGCUGGUCUAAAAGGUCUUAUAGAUCAAACUACAAUGCCCUCUCCGGUGCAGCCACAAUAAUACGCCACCGAUUUGGAAAAGUUUUAUAUCUAGGUGUAAAAAAUAAGAUUUGUUCGAUUUGUUUAGCCAACAAUCAAAUUGAACAUAAAUGCUAUAAAAACUAUACUGGAACUUCUACAGGAAUGGAAUCCACCAUUUUGUUAGAGGAAUUUAAACACGGCAUUAAAUAUGCAAAGCUAAUUUCUGAUGGUGAUAGUAGCAAAAUUUUUAGAGAAUAG